UUCUCCCAGGCUUCCCAUCAAAACCUCAAGACAACUGGUUGUUUUUCUUUCAGGUCAAACCCGAGUCUUUCUGUUAUUCCUCAAUACAAUAUUCACCAUGGCUCGAACUGACUCGCGGUUUGCCAGCCCUCCCUUCUUCCUCUUCAGCAAUGCGUUGAUCUGGAUCUCGGCUGUCAUCGUAAUGGGCAUUUUAUCCUACUUCAUCUCUCAAAACAACUAUGUUCCCGGCCGCAUAAUCUACGAGGAAGUUAUUUCCGUUCUUACAGUUGCAUUCUUCUUGAUCUCUUUCAUCCUUGGCACUUAUCCAGGAUACAUCCUCUUAUUCAACAUCAUAUUCUCUUACCUCUGGCUUGUCUCCGUUGUUUUCACCGCAGAGGACUGGAGCUAUGAAUAUGCGGGUGCUCUCCCCCACUGUGUCGAGGCUUUCAGCUUUAUUGCCUUCUUCUUCUUACUCUUCAAUGUUAUCUCUGACUGGCACCGUGGCUACGGCGGCCAUGUGCGCACCACGUCGGCUGUCUAAGGAUUGAUACCAUGAAUUA